UUUCCUUUUUAUUUAUGGCGCGAAAAUUAGAAGUUUAUCAAAAUUAGGGUUUAUAUCUGGAACAAAUCCACCCAUAAAAAUUUCUCAAUUUGAAAGAGAAAAGAUUGUAUAUUUCAGCACCCAAAUGGAUGAAUUGAAAGCCCUUUUGUUAUCUUGUUCCAAUUUAAAAUCAAAAUCAGAAAAAUCAAAUCUUUAUUCAACAUUAUUACAACUUCAAGAACACUCAACUACUGACCCUUUACUACUUCAGUCACUAAGUAAUGCAUCUCAUGCUCUUCUGUCACUGAUUGUCAAUGAUAUUUCAGAUGAUGAUGAAGAAGUAGGUGCACAGGCUUUGAAGUGUAUGGGAUUCAUGAUUUAUCAUCCAUCAAUUGUUAGUGGUAUAUCAGGAGAGGAUGCCGAUAUGGUUUUAAGUUCUUUGGAGAAGGUCAUUUUGUCCACUCGCGUUAAGUCUGUUUGUAAUUUAGGAGUCUGGUGCAUAUCAGUCCAACAGUUGAACGAAUCGGUCUUAAAUGCUCAUAUUGAAUCUUUGGUAAGGGCAAUAGUUCAUGCUCUUGACAAUCCUACUGGAUCUUCGUCUACAACUUUUGAGGCCAUGCAGGCCGUCAUGAAACUGGCGACUCAAGUGAAUGAAAAGAUGAGAGAUACAUCAAGCUUAUGGGCUCCUUCCAUAUACAGAAGACUUGUUAGUGCCGAUAAAAGGGAGAAAGAUAUGUCAGAAAGAUGUUUAGUGAAAAUUAAAUCCACAAUAUGCCCCCCUCCUACAGCUCUUUCCAAGGCAGUUGUUGUGGAUGUUAAGAGUAAACUACUCCUUGCAUUAGAGGAACUGUUAGGACAAGGCAUGAAGAUUCAAGCAAUGCAAGCAUGGGGAUGGUUUACACGUCUAAUAGGACCAUAUGCCAUUAAAAAUAGGCAUAUGGUCAAUAAGCUUCUUAAAAUUCCCGAGAAGACAUUUUCUGACAGUGACCCACAAGUCAAGAUUGCUACACAGGUUGCCUGGGAAGCUUUGAUUGAUGCCCUGAUCAUUCUACCAGUACAUGAUUCUACAACCGAAGCUGGAACAGAACCGGCGUAUGAAGAUAUUAAUGGUACCUUUGAAGCCAAUGGAUUACCUAAAAGUAUUAAACUCAUAAUGACACCCCUAAUAGGAAUCAUGUCAAGCAAAUGCGAUUUAUCAGUUCACUCAUCCUGCAUGAAUACAUGGAAUUAUUUGCUCCACAAACUCGACAAUGUUGUUAAUUAUUCCUCAGUCAUCAAAAUCGUUCUAGAUCCAAUGCUGGAAGUGGUCUUUCGAGCUGGCCCUGACACUAAAAAUAUGUGGUCAUGGAAUUUCUGUGUGGAUCUUAUUGAUAGCUAUGCAUUAACAACAAAAAUUGAUGCAAAGCAUUACCCCAUCAAAUGGAUGCCUUGGAAAUUAGGUCAGUUUGACCGUUUUAUACAAUUUGUUCUUUUAUUCAUCAGUCACGGGGCCUAUGAUGUUGCUCUAAGAAUAUUCCGCUCUUCAUUGAAAGGAGUUCGAUCUAAUCUUACAAGAUCAAGUGUUCCUUUUAGUGAGGUUAAGUCAUGCAUCGAUACCAUUAUUACAAGUCUAAAGAAGAUAUCUGAAGGUGGUAUUGGUCAAACUUCUCUUGACUUAAUAGAAAUUGUUACUGAGGAGUUGCAACCGUCGAUUUUGGGGUCUCCACUUUACAAGAUGAAACUUGACACCAAGUUCACUGAAAACUUGAAUCAAAUGAAUGAGGAAACAAACAUGGUCUCACCAGUGGUGUAUAUUAUAGUACUCUACUUUCAUGAUAUAGUUGAUCAUAGUUUCUAUGCACAGAAAUUAUCUCGCUAUGUAACUUUGUUGCUGGAGUCCUAUGAUUCUUACGAAAUUCUUCACAUGUUGACAUGUUUAUUGUACAAGUUCUUGAUCCCCGAUUGCUUAAAUAUUUGGAUUAUUAUAGCAAAUUCCCUGAAAGAUCACGUAAAUGGUAAAUCAGAACCUGAUGACUCUUUGGAUCUUGUGAUCUCUCGUUUAUCGGCCUACCCUUUUGUUGUUUUCUCAUCGGGGGUACAAAAGAAUAUUGAUGUUGUACAAGUGGUUGAAUCAUGGAAGUCCCUAUCCAUGUCUUUCCAGUACUGUGAAGAAUCGUUUCAGAUUCUUGAUCAGUUUCUUGAAAACUAUAUCAAGGUAGAUUUUACAGAAAACCUUCGGGAUUAUGAAUUUCUUCUCUUCUGUGGAAAUGCUGUAACAUGUGUGCUUGAGCAUGUUCUUAAAUCAUCAUCAGAUAUAUGUCGAAAGAAUAAUGAUGUUGGUGAUCAUAAGAGAUCUCAUUGCACCAAAACCAGCCUGAAUCGUGCUGCCAGGUUUUUAAGUGUGUCAUAUGGAGAAGUAAAAGCAAAAGCAAAUCUGCAGAUUUUUGAUAUAACCUCCAGGGUCUUUUCCACAUUGGUACGCAUCAUGGAAUCUUUUCACUUUGAUGAAGAUAUUAUUCCAUUUGUUGAGAUUCUAUCUGUUCCAUUGCUUCAAUGGCUAUCAGAUCUUGAACUACAACACGAAAACUCAAUUUAUCAACUCCAUCAGUUAUGGAUCGCUACCCUCAAAUCUUUGCAAAACUGUUGGCCACCAAUAAACUUUAACUCAGCCUUUCUAAAACGUCAAGCAACCCUACUUGAAGCAACUCUUGACCACCCAAAUUCUACAAUCUCUAACGCAACCAUCACCUUUUGGAAUUUAACAUAUGGUGAACAAAUCAAGCUAGACUACCCUCAAAACUUACUUCCUGUUUUGGACAAGCUGUCAAAAAGUGGCAAAAUAAACCUUUGCAAAAAGAGGUACUCGAGAAUAGAUGCUGCCAUUAGUCCUCCGAAGAAACAUAAGGUCAUCACAACAUUAAACCGAUGUGUGAAAAGAGUAGCACUUUUGGAUGACCAAGUGAAAGAUGCUGGGCCUAAUGUAUCUAAGAGGAAAAGGUUAGAACUAACCGAACACCAAAAGGAAGUGAGACGAGCGCAACAAGGCAGGUCAAAAGAUUGUGAAGGCCGUGGACCGGGGGUUCGCACUUACACGAGCGUUGACUUUUCUCAAGGCGUUGAAGACGAGUCGCAAGAAGAGAGCCAAGAUUUGAGGAAUACAGAAGCUAUCUUGGAGAUGUUGAAAAGAGAUAAUAAUAAUAAUAAUAAGUUGUUUAAAGCUGGACAUUGAGUAUGUAUUACGAGUAGUAUUUACUAUUUAGUAGAGUAGUUUGUGGGCUGUAUCUGUAUCAGUUUGUUAAUCAAUGAAAUCAGUUGUUAUUCUAAACUUCAUUGAACGCAGUGUAAUAUGUAUACACUUUUUUCAA